AUGCAUUCCUCACAAACUGAGGACAUCCAUCCCGUCCAACAAUUACUACUCCCUUCAUCGUCAUCUUCAUCGGAAGAGGUCAAUUCAACAACUGAUAAUACUGCUACUACUCGAUUGAAUGAUGAUUCCUUAUCCAUGAAUGAUGAUGGUUCAGAAAAUACUUUUACUCAUGAUAUGAAUCAUAAUAACGAUAGAAUCACGAGUUCUUCCAUCACCCCUUCGAGUCAACAAUCAUCAUCUCCAUUUGCUCAUCAUCAAGUUCCAUUAGAAUCCAUUGUGUCGGAAUCGGAAAUUCAUUUGGCAGCUUCAGUGCUCGAGAGGCUUUCCCAUCACUCUUAUCAUUUACAAGACCCUCGAUUAGCCCAAUUAAUUCAUGCUGGAUCUUUACUAUUCAAAAGAAAGAUUUCAAAAGAAGAACAAGCAGAAAUGAAACGAGAAUCAAGAAAAAAAGCAAAAGAAAAAUUUAAAAAUCAUGACAAGAGCAUUCUCAUGCAAUCUGUGAUGCAAAUGAAAAAACACAACGAAGUUCAUUAUUUGAGACAACAAAUUGCAAUGAUUCCAAAUGCACCAAAUAGUGAAGUACCCAAACUCACCCAUGAAGAAGAUGAGGUUAUUAUUGAGAAUAUUCCAGAAGAAGGCUUUGCUUCUAAUAUUUCUGUUUCGAACGAGCAAAAUGAUAAACAGAACGUGACUGAGAACAUGAAUAACAAGGAACAAACUUUGACAACAUUCUCGAACACUUCAUCCCACAACUCUAACAACAGAUUAUUGCGAGCUGUGAGAUGCUAUAUUUGUCAUGAAAAGACUCACGAAAUACAUCACUUUUAUCAUAAAAUGUGCCCAAAAUGUGGAGAGUUUAAUUUGGAAAAGAGAAACCAAACAAUGGAUAUGACAGGUAAAAUUUGUCUUGUCACUGGUGGUCGAAUUAAAAUUGGUUUCUACACUGCACUUAAAUUAUUGAGGUGUAAUGCUGAACUGGUUAUUGUUACUUCUAGAUUUCCAAAAGAUUGUGCAAAGAGAUAUUCAUUAGAACCAGAUUUUGAAAUGUGGAAAGAUCGUCUCAAAAUUUAUGGCAUUGAUUUCAAACACAUUCCGUCAGUGGUACAAUUUACUGAUCAUCUCAAUCACACACUUCCUCGAUUGGAUAUUCUCAUUAAUUGUGCGGCACAGACCAUCCGCAAACCCACUGCUUACUAUGAGCAUGUUGCAAAAUAUGAAUUAACAACAAGUCUUGAAGACAUGUCCGAAACUCAACGUAAAUUAUUACCACUUGACUUUUCAAUGAAAGUCAUGCCAGAACAAAAAGAUAUUGCACUACGAAUGUUGUCUUCAAUGGAAAAGAGAGAAGCUCUCGAAUACAAUCCAACAUCAAGCAAUGGUGCUGCGGAAAAUUCUCAAGUUAUCCUUCACACCUCUCAUUCUCGUUCUUCUCUUAAAUAUAAUGCCAUGAGAGAUGAAGUAAAUGUAAGCUCAAGCAGUUUACUUUGCCAAAUUCCCAUUCUAGAUGAGGACAAAUCUUACAAUGAACAAAGUUUUCCAAGAGAUGUGUUCGAUGUCAAUCAAAAUCAAGCAGACUUUAGGAACACCAAUUCAUGGAUUCAGAAAUUGGAUCAGGUUCCUGUCUUUGAAAUGCUUGAAGUUCAAACAAUUAAUGUCACCGCUCCUUUUAUUUUAACUUCCAGAUUGAAAAAUCUUUUAGCCCAAGGAGCAAUAUAUUCAAUGAAGAACAAUCUUAACCAUGAACCAAUGAGCUUUGUAAUUAAUGUGAGUUCAAUGGAAGGACAAUUUUAUAGACGAUCUAAAGGAGUGCAUCAUCCACAUCUGAACAUGGCAAAAGCCUCUCUUAAUAUGAUGACACGAACAAGUGCUGCUGAUUAUGCAAAAGACUUUAUUUACAUGUCCUCUGUAGAUACAGGAUGGAACAAUGAUGAAAAUCCCUUGAGUGAUCUUGAUAACAUUUCACAAACCUAUUACUGCCCAUUGGAUGAAGUGGAUGGAGCAUCAAGAAUCUUGGACCCAAUCUUUUCAGCCUUGCAAGGCAAACAAAAAUAUUUUGGUGUAUUUUUGAAGAAUUUCGAACCUUUUCGAUGGUAG